AUGGAUGAAAAUGGAAAUUGGCACGAUUCUAUUGAUGGUAUUGUAGAGGUGGCUAUGUCAUAUUUUAAGAAUCUGUAUUCCACUUCUUAUCCAACUCGUAUUUCGGAAGUCCUUGAUACUAUCCCAACUAGAGUCACUGAGGAUAUGAAUCAACUUCUUAUUCAAGAGUUCACAAGGGAGGAAGUUGAGGUAGCUCUAAAACAGAUGCAUCCAACAAAAGCCCCAGGUUCGAAUGCUUUUGAACUUAUGCACUAUUUAGAACAUAAGAAGGAUGGAAGGGAGGGUGUUAUGGCAAUAAAGUUGGAUAUGAGUAAAGCAUAUAAUAGAGUGGAGUGGGAAUUAUUCCUACAAGGCGGAGACCCAAUUUCACCUUAUAUGUUUCUAUUGUGUGCAGAUGGUUUUUCCUCCCUUAUUAAUAAUGCUGUCAGGAAUCAAAGAAUUAGUGGAGUAUCAAUAUGUAGAGGCUGUCCCAAGAUCACACAUCUGUUUUUUGUAGAUGAUAGUCUAUUGUUUUGCAAAGUAAAUAGUCAAGAAUGCCAAAAUCUUAUUGAUAUUCUCCAGCUAUAUAAAGCUGCAUCGGGUCAGAAAAUCAAUGUGGAUAAAUCUUCAGUCUUUUUCAGUAACAAUACCUCGGAUGAUAGAAGAUGUGAAGUGCUGAAUAUGUUGGGUCCAAUGCAAGAUACCCAACAUAAAAAAUACCUUGGCUUACCCUCAAUCAUUGGCAAGUCAAAAGUUGAAAUAUUUGCAGAAAUCAAAGAGAGGGUGGAGAAAAAAUUAUCGAGGUGGAAGGAGAAAAUGCUAUCAGUGGGUGGCCAAGAGAUCCUUAUUAAAGCUGUUGCUCAAGCAAUUCCAACAUACACUAUGAGUUGCUUCCAGAUCCCAAAGAGUCUUUGUGAUGAGAUUGAAGAAAUGAUGAGAAAGUUUUGGUGGGGUCAAAGGGGUCAAGAAUCAAAAAUUGCUUGGGUUAGCUGGAAGAAAAUGUGUAAGUCCAAGCUGAAUGGAGGAAUGGGGUUCAGAAAUUUACAAGCUUUCAACCUUGCUAUGCUAGCUAAGCAAGCAAAGACUAUCCUGAAUAUUCCCCUCAACCACAGCCUUCCAGAAGACCAAAUCAUAUGGGUGGGUAAUAAAAGGGGAGAAUUCAAUGUAAAAAGUGCUUAUUAUAUUGCGGUUGGGGUGCUAGAUACAAUGGAGGAAGGUGAAAGUUCUUCGAGUGAUUCUAGGAGUCCUCUUUGGAAGAAACUAUGGCACUUAAACAUUCCUCCCAAGGUACGUAUCUUUGCUUGGAAAAUGUGUAUGAAUGCUCUUCCUACUUUUGUGAACUUGCAAAGAAGGGGUGUUAAUCUUUGUGAUAUUUGUCCAGCUUGUGGGAAAGAGCCUAAAUCGAAUUUCCAUGUUUUUGUUAAGUGUGAAGCGGCUAGGAAAGUGUGGAGUUGUUGGGUAGAUAGUCCUGUUAAUUUGUUGAAUGGAAAUAUGGAUAUUAUAGAUAUUACUUUGAAAAUUGUUGAAUCGGGUACAUCCCAUGACUUGAAGGUUUUCUUUGGGGUUGCAUGGGCAAUAUGGUAUAAUAGGAAUAAAAUAGUGCAUGAGGCCUCAAGUCAGUAUCCUGAUCAGAAGGGAAGGGAAGGUCAAUUUUCGGUGGAGGAAGUUGAAGCGCUAGCUAUGGAGUGUGGUCUAAUUCUUGCCAAAGAGCAAAAGCUAUCUCAUAUCAUCUUGGAAUUUGAUGCAUUAACAGCUGUUACUAGUGUCACAGCAGAUGAAACAAAUGGUUGUCUUGGUCAUGUGUAUCAGGGGAUUCGUAGUUUGUUGUCUUCGUUUAGUAGUUGGAAUAUCAAGCAUGUGAAAAGAGAUUACAAUAGGGCAACUCAUUAG